GGGUGAGGGCACUGGUUGCUGUUCUCACCCCCGGCAGACUGUAAGAUACCAUGACUAAAAUGUUUUCGAGGUAGUUUCACUUAAUGAGGUUAUGGGAGAGAAGGAGCCAUGUCGGAAGAAGCUGUUAGUGAGACACACUUUUCUUUGAGGACAGCAGCUUUACGGGUAUUUGAUUUUCCCCUUUCCUGGUAUUAUUCUGUCAUCCAGGUAAAACUUUCCCCUGGGUUGAAGAAGCUGUUUUUAGUAACAGCAGUAAGUGCAGUUUCUGUAAUUUUUCUGGCCCAUCAUUUUAAAAGAAAACGUGGAAAGAAAAACACAAAAGUGUCACCAUGGGAGCCAGGCCAUCUUGUAUUAGAAUGUACUAAAACAGCUGCAUCAGAAAAAGGUUCCAGUUGUUCCAGUAGCAGACAAAACUUGACUCUUUCUUUGAGUUCAGCCAAAGAAAAAGGAUCUCAGUCUUGUGUUUAUGCAAAUGGAGGACUUUUCAGUAAAUAUUCUGGUUCAGUACAAAGUUUGGCCUCGGUCCAAAGUGUCACCUCCUCUCACAGUUGUGCUUGUGCCAAUUCCAGUUCCUGGGACAAAGCAGAUGAAGAUAUUAAACUUGUAAAUAUUCCAGUGACCACACCUGAAAACUUAUACUUGAUGGGUAUGGAGCUUUUUGAAGAGGCACUACGUCGAUGGGAGCAGGCACUGACUUUCCGUAGCAGACAGGCUGAAGAUGAAGCAAAUUGUAGUUCCAUCAAACUAGGAGCAGGAGAUGCCAUUGCAGAAGAGAGUGUAGAAGAUAUCAUUAGUGCUGAAUUCAUUCAUAAGCUUGAAUCCCUGCUUCAAAGAGCUUAUCGUCUUCAGGAGGAGUUUGAGGCAACCCUUGGGGCAUCUGAUCCUUCUUCCCUAGCUAAUGAUAUUGAUAAAGAUACCGAUAUAACUGUGAAGGAUAACACAGAAGAUUUCUGUCUGCGAGAUACACUGAGCAUUGCAUCAACAGACUCCUUUGUUUCAGCAGCUGAGCUUACUGAACACAGAGAGAUCCGAAAUACCUAUGGUCUAGAGUCUCUUUGCCAUUGUCCAUUAUAUGAAGAAGCUAUGCACUUAGCAGAAGAGGGCAAAAUUUAUUCCAGAAUAUUAAGGACUGAAAUGUUGGAGUGUUUGGGGGACAGUGACUUUCUUGCUAAGCUUCACUGUAUUCGACAGGCUUUUCAGGUAAUUCUUUCAGAAACAGCUAACAGAAUAUUUCUUGCUGAGAGUGGAAGAAAAAUUUUGUCUGCUUUAAUUGUGAGAGCUCGAAAGAAUCCAAAUAAAUUUGAAGAGGUCUUUGAUGAAAUGAUACAUUUUUUAGAGCAAACAGACCACUGGGAUAAUACUGAAAUGGAACUUGCUGCCAGGGGGGUGAAAAAUCUAAAUUUUUACGACAUUGUUCUGGACUUUAUAUUAAUGGAUUCCUUUGAAGAUUUAGAGAAUCCACCCACAUCUAUACAGAACGUAGUAAACAACCGCUGGCUAAAUUCCUCCUUUAAAGAAACUGCUGUGGCUUCAAGCUGCUGGUCAGUACUGAAGCAAAAAAGGCAGCAAAUGAAGGUACCUGACGGUUUUUUUGCACACUUCUAUGCCAUUUGUGAGCAUGUCAGUCCUGUUUUGGCAUGGGGCUUUUUGGGACCUAGAAACUCUCUUUAUGAUUUAUGCUGCUGCUUUAAGGAUCAAGUUCUUUACUUCCUCAAAGACAUUUUUGACUUUGAAAAGGUGCGAUAUUCAACUAUGGAGAAUUUAGCUGAAGAUCUUAUGCAACUGCUAAUGCGUCGCACUGAACUUUUAAUGGCCUACCUUGGAGCCGAUUCACUAAGGCAUGUCAGUGGUUGCAUAAAUGGUCAUGGACACAUCGUGGCCAAUGGGCUUUUGGAAGAAAAAGUACAAUAAGCUUAAAAAACCUAAAUUGAGUGCACCUUGCCUUUUUCCCCCCUCCAAUGCUGUCAUUGCUAUUUUUGAGCAAACAUCUGAAUAUGUAACUGUGUUGCUAAAUAUGGAAUGGACUCAGGGAGAUUAUAAAAAAAAAUUAGGAAAAGAACUGGUGAGCAUAUUACAGUAUAUAUACCGACAUUUAAAAUCACAGCUCAGCUGUCUCUGUAUUUAUAUAUUAUAAUGUACCCCAACGUUUUUUCUGCAAUAUUUGGGUAAAAUUUAUUUAUGAAAUACUGUACAUUUGCCACAGAUAUUAUGUGAUAUGUGGUAUAUGGAGUUAUUAGAUGAGUUUGUCUUUAAGCCUUAUUAUAUGAAAUGUUCAGUACAAACUCUGCAAUGUGCUUUAUGUCUAGAAAGUGUUUCAGCCAAGGUAUACACAUCUUUCAACUUAUUAUGUGAUACACCUGCCCCCCCCCCAAAAAAACCACCUUUACAAAAUAUUUAACUACGCUCUAAAAUUGUGUUUGUGUAUGUAAGCAGUCAUUUUGUAUUGAAACAUAACGGAGUUGAAUGCAGUCACCAUUUGGGCAGCUGAAAAUAACACGAAAAACUCAAUGCUAAUUGGUGUUGGCUUAAAAUAUGUAAAUACCUCAUCACUGAAGUUGACAUUUGAAAUCACUAGUGUGAGAUCACUGUUUGGUAUAUUCUAAAAGUAGUGACAGUUUUUUCAGGUUAAUUAAUUGGUUUAAAACCCAUCUUUCUAGGUUUUUAAAACGAUGCG